AUGGGGAAAAAAAGGGCGAAAGAAAUUAAGAAUGCAUACAAAAAUCUUGUGGAUUUCGUUCACAGAUAUCUAUCUGUUUAUCUAACUCCACUUAAAUCUAUCUAUCUAUCUAUCUAUCUAUCUAUCUAUCUAUCUAUCUAUCUCAUUCUUUUCAUAUCUGUCUAUCUAUCUCAUUCUUUUUAUAUCUAUCUAUCUAUCUAUCUAUCUAUCUAUCUAUCUAUCUAUCAAUCUAUCUAUCUAUCUAUCUAUCUAUCUGAUUCUUUUCAUAUCUAUCUAUCUAUCUAUCUAUCUAUCUAUCUAUCUAUCUCAUUCUUUUUAUAUCUAUCUAUCUAUCUAUCUAUCUAUCUAUCUAUCUAUCUAUCUAUCUCAUUCUUUUUAUAUCUAUCUAUCUAUCUAUCUAUCUAUCUCAUUCUUUUCAUAAUAAUAUAUCUUCUAUUUUUAUUAUCAUCUGUUUACUCAUAUAAGCCUAUUCCUACUGUGGAACCGUCUUAUCUCCUCUCGGCCACAUUCACGGCCCGGACCUUGCCCAACCAUCUGCAUGUCACCACCCACAAUGAUUUUUGUUCAAUUUACGCAUGUGGUGUUUGGUGGCCAAAAGCUUUGACAUUUUAG